CCUCUUUUUCACACACAUCGACUUCAUUCAGUUUGACAUUUACCAUUGACAUUGCCGGUUCAAAAAAAGUUGUUUCUUCUCGAAAUCCUUUAAUUUCUCAAUAAAAAUUGACUUUUUCUUGUGAAAAUAUUUUUUAAAUUUAAUCUUUUUCAUCAUGUCAACAUACAAGCUCACUUACUUCAAUUUCCCAGCACUUGGUGAGCCAAUCAGGUUCUUGUUGAGCUACGGUGGUGUUGAGUUUGAAGACAAUCGCAUUGAGUGGUCGAAUUGGCAUCAAAUUAAAGGCACUACACCCCUCGGACAAGUCCCAAUCCUAGAAGUUGAUGGACAAGUUUUUUAUCAAACAAUUCCAAUUUGUCGCUUUUUGGGAUCAAAAUUCAAUCUUUUGGGUGACAAUGAGAUGGAAAACUACCAAAUUGACAAUGUUGUGCAAACAAUUACUGACCUACGAAUGAAAAUCGAAAUGGUAAAUUUUGACAAAUUCUCACCGCCAAAUGUCAUCGAAGAAAAGCGCGCUCAACUAAAAUCGGAAUCAAUUCCAUUUUUCUUAAAGAACCUCGAAGACAUUGCAUCGAAAAAUGAUGGAUUUUUGGCAGUUAAGAAGCUGUCGUGGGGUGAUUUGUACUUUGCAGCCAUGAUUGACUACAUGAACUGGAUGAUGAAGGGAAAUUUGCUUGAAGAUUUUGAGAAUUUAAAGAAGGUUUACGGGAAUGUGAUGGAAAUUGAUGGAAUUAAGAGUUAUGUUGAGAAAAGACCGAAGCCACAAAUGGGAUGAAAAAAAUGUUUGAAAUUCGUAAAAAUGAUUUUUGAAUAAAAAAAGUCAAAUUCUUUGCAAUUGACUCGAGAUUGUUUAUACUUUCUCGACUUGAGCUUCAAAUU